UAUUUCCUGCUUCCUGGCUCUUUCGCAGAUCUGCCUGUGCACAGAUGGGUCUAACCAAUAUGUUGUAAAACAAAGCCCCAUUCACUGCAGAUCAGCAAGCAAACAGAAAGAAAGGGAACUGAGCUAUAGUUUGGAUCUUUUCUUAGUUUUUAUCUUGCGUGAGAAAGUGAAACUAUUUCACAUCCACUGUCUCUGAGAUGAAAUGGCGCAGCAACAAAACCUCAUGGACGGAAAAACACUCUGCUGUUCCAUCUGUCUGGAUCUCCUGAAGGAUCCGGUGACUAUUCCCUGUGGACACAGCUACUGCAUGGACUGUAUUAAAAGCCACUGGGAUGAAGAGGAUCGGAAAGAAAUCCACAGCUGUCCUCAGUGCAGGCAGACCUUUAGACCGAGACCUGUCCUGGUGAAAAGCACCAUGUUAGCAGAUUUAGUAGAGAAACUGAAGAAAACAGGAGCCUCAGCUGAACCAGCUGAUCACUGUUAUGCUGGACCUGAAGAUGUGGCCUGUGAUUUCUGCACUGGGAGAAAACUGAAAGCUCUCAAGUCCUGUCUUCAGUGUCUGGUCUCUUACUGUGAGCAACACCUCCAGCCUCACUAUGAGUCUCCAGCCUUUGAAAAACACAAGCUGGUUCAACCGUCCAAGAAGAUUCAGGAGAACAUGUGCGCUCAUCAUGGUAUAGUGACUAAGAUUUUUUGUCGUACUGAUCAGCAGUGUAUCUGUUAUAUCUGCUCCAUGGAUGAACAUAAAGGCCACGACACAGUCUUAGCCUCAGAGGAGCGGAGUGAGAGGCAGAGAGAGCUGGUAACAAGUCGACAAAAGAUCCAGCAGAGAAUCCAGGACAGAGAGAAAGAUGUGAAGGUGCUUCAGCAGGAGGUGGAGGCUAUCAGUCGCUCUGCUGAUAAAGCUGUGAAGAACACAGAGAAGAUCUUCACUCAGCUGGUCCGUCUUAUCAAGAAUAGAAGCUUUGAUGUGAAACAGCAAAUCAGAUCCCAGCAGAAAAUGGACAUCAGUCAGGCCAAGGAGCUUCAGGAGAAGCUGGAGAAGGAAGUCGCUGAACUGAGGAGGAAAGACACUGAGCUGGAGCAACUCUCACACACAGAGGACCACAGCCAGUUUCUGCACAGCUACCCCUCAUUGUUAUGUCUUAGUGAAUCGACUAACGGGCCCAACAUCAACAGCUGUCCUCUCCGGUACUUUGAGGAUGUGAUGGCGACUGUGUCAGAGGCCAGAGAUAAACUGCAGCACAUUCUUAGUGAUGCAUGGACCAAGAUCUCACAGACAGUGACUGAUGUGGAUGUUUUACGGCCACAGGCGGAGCUCAGGACCAGAGCUGAAUUCUUACAAUACUCACAACAAAUCACACUGGAUCCAAACACAGCAAACACACAGCUGGUUUUAUCUGAAGGGAACAGAAAAGUAACAGUGAUGAGUAAAAAACAGCUCUAUUUAAGUCACCCAGACAGAUUCACGGACAUGUUUCAGGUCCUGAGUAGAGAGGGUCUCGGUGGACGCCACUACUGGGAGGUAGAAAGGGGCAGAUAUGAAGUUUCAAUCGCAGUCACAUACAAGGACAUCAGCAGAACUGGAUAUGGAAGCGGAUUUGGAAAUGAUGACAAGUCUUGGGCUUUAGAGUGUUUCAACAAUAGUUAUGAAUUCAGACAUAAAGGUACUGUUACCUUGAUCUCAAGCCCUCAAACCUCCAAAAUAGGAGUGUACCUGGACCACAGGGCAGGUAUCCUGUCCUUCUACAGUGUCUCUGAAAGCAUGACUCUCCUCCACAGAGUCCAGACCACGUUCACUCAGCCGCUCCAUCAGGGACUUGGUGUUUUCAAUACAUACUGUGAUCAAUCUGCUGCUGAGUUCAGUAAGCUUGAGUAGACAGAGGUUAAGGGGCAGAGGGGGUGUGAGUCAGUAGCUUCACAGAGAUUCUGUGAUUGUUGAUUUGAUUUGAUUUAAUAACAGGUUUUUCUUUUUAAAUUCAGGAAAUGUAAAUCAGAAUUUCAUGAAUAUCAGCAAAAUUUGAAGCAAUACAAAUACACAUUUACACAGACAUUAUUAUGGUUUUGGAUCACGAGGUACCUCAGGGGAGAUUUGCAAUGUGUGGAUAUUCCAUUUGUUCCUCUUCCUUUGGAAAGAGGAAGAAGAACAAUGUUUUGUCAAUGUUGUGACUUUUUUUGUGCAAAAAAACUUUGCUACAUCACUUUAAAAAUGAUUUAUGUGACUUUGGUUUGAAUGGUUUGCAUUUACUGUCGGUCAAGACACAAUUUGAGUACAGAUGUGAUUUUUUUCUUAGGUUCACAGAAAGUGGCAAUAGUCCAUCAAUUCAGGAUUCAAGUUCGGGUUCAGAGUUACUGUCUUUCUUCAUAUGAAUGAAGUCUUCAGGUACUGGAGGGACGCUUGAUGCUUGAUAAGCUCAUUCCUCUACUCCCUCUUCACCCAUGACUGCAGGCCUGUAAAUGGAUCCAACCCCAUUAUCAAGUUUGCAGGUGACACCACGGUGAUUGGUCUCAUCAGCAACAAUGAUGAGACUGCCUACAGGGAGGAGGUACAGCAACUUGCUCCUGAACACCAGCAAGACUUCUUCUUUCCAAGGACACUGGAGAAGAACCACCUGUCCUCAGCCGUUCUGGUGAACUUAUACUGGUCUGUGAUUGAGAGCAUCUUGACCGGCUGUAUCACAGUCUGGUGUGGUAACUGUUCAGUCGCUGACCAAAAGGCACUGCAGUGGGUGGUGAAAACUGCCCAACGCAUAACAGGGACUCCACUUCCCUCCACUGAGGACGUCCAGAGGAAACGCUGCCUGCGAUGAGCUCGCAGCAUUCUCAAGGACUCCUCUCUAUAGUAUGUUCAUAAUACCUUUUUAAGUGUACAUUGUGUUAUAGAACACUCAUCUGUAUAUCAUGUUUAUUGUAUGUAUCUACUGUGAAUACUCUAUAUUCUGCACUUGCUGCUUUUGCACUUCUGGUUAAAUGCCAAACUGCAUUUUGUUACCCUGUUCCUGUACAUGUGUAAUGACAAUAAAGUUGAAUCUAAUCUAAUGUAAUCUAAUAGCACACACACACUGCACAUGCUGAGCCACUGACAGCUGUAGAUUAUGUUCUAAAAAACAGUGUGGUGCAUUGUUAAUAGACAAAAGUACUUACAAGUGUUAUUAUUGCAUUAAUAAUAAUGUAUUAAUUGUUGUUGCGAUAGUAAUAAUAAUACCUGAAGGACACGCUGGGCUUUGGAACCCGCUGUAAAAAGAUCAACACUGAGGUGGAGAAGAAGAAACAGGCUCAGGCAGACCAGAAGCUGGAGGCUCGCAGGCUCAAGGAGAGCUACAGAAAGCUGGAGGCCUGUAAGGACAGUCGUCUGUACCACCUGCCUCAGCAGGUUCAUGGAUACAACCUGUCCAGAAACAGGAUCCUGAAAAAAUCCCUCCUUUCUGUGCCUCGCCGAUGAUCUGCCCGUCCUUUUUCCAUUUUGUUUCUCUCCAGCUCCCUCUCCUCCUCUCUCUCUGUUUAUCUCCCCCCUGUUCACCCUCCUGCCUUCUCUCUCUCUCCUACCCCUGCUUACCCCUUACUGCCCCUCCCUUA